UGCUGUUGCCAGCCAAACGAGCAGCAGUCAGUCAAAGACGGACGGCUUGGCUCAGUGUAGAAAUUUCCUUUGGCACGCUUGGUCGUUUAAGCGGUUGCAGGUCGUCGAAUGGUGGACUCUUCUUGUCGCCGCGUCAUUUUUUGACAUUGUUUCUUCGAGGCGCCGCCGUCGGUUGCAACUUUACAACGCAUCGCAUUGCGUCGUAGUUUGUUAAAAAAAAAAAAAAAACUAAAAAGCGUACACCAGCAACAUUAAUUUCCCGCGUGAAAUGCUAUGCUACAGAUUGUGAAAUAAAAUUGAAAAACAGAAAUCCCUAAAAAGGCACAAAUAAGAAAGUUUGGCUUAAACAAGAGUGAAAGAUGGAAAAAAACAAACUGAAUAAAAUUAAAAUGUGUGCAAAGUCAGUUAACAACAACAACAAUAAUAACAAACAACAACAACAACUUAGAAGCAGCAGCAACAACAACAAAUAAGUGAAUUAUAGUGACAAAUUAAAAAAAGCCAAAAGUGACAGUGAAUAAUGUUGAGAGCGCCCACACAGCACAUCGUGCAACUCGGCUUCGGAACGAAGACAACAACAACAACAAAAACAACGUCGACAGCAGCAGCAGCAACAUCAUCAUCGACAGUGGCAACAUCUGCGGCAACAGCAACAUCUAGCGGCAAACAGCAGCGUAAAACUCUGUUGCAACGUUUCCGGCAGCAGCAGCAGCAAAAAGCAUUGCCAAAAGUAACAACACCAGCCGAGGCACAUGAGACAGAAUAUUAUUAUAAAAAACAACAACAGCAAACUUCCACCUAUCAGCAAGGCGACAAUUGUUUGUUAUUUCUGACAACAGCAAUAACCUCGAAUCAAGAGCAAUUGCUGAAGAAGCCGAAGAAGAAGAAGGAGUCGUGUAGCUACAACUUUGCGGCGGCUCUCAGGCGCAACAAGAAGCCAAAACAGGCGGCGGCAACAUCGACUGACGACGACGAUAGUUGUCGCAGCAUUAAUAGCAACAGCAGCAACAUCAGCAACACCAGCGGCAGCAGCAACAGUUUGUCUAAUAGUUGCAUUAACAAUCAUAACAACACUCAUUAUAGAAACAGUAAAAACACCAGGCACACCAGUAGUAGUGGUCCCAGCAACAACAACGACUACAGUGGUAAUUACAAUUGCAAAACAAGUGAACAACAAGCGUGGAAAGCAGCAACAACACAGCAGCAACAUCAACAACUGCUCAUUAGCAGGCCAAGCGAACGGAAUUAUCCCAGCAGCAGCAGCAACAACAACGCUAACAACAACAACAACAACAGUGGUGGCCAUAUCAUCAUGUCACCCACUUCGCAGGCGCCCACCCGAACCUCUCUCUUCGAUUCCUGUCAUCGAAAGAUCCGCCUGAUAGGCGGCGGUCCAGUUGCCUUCUUAGGCGGAUUGGUUGCCAAGGCCCGUCGCAAGGAACGCGAUGGCGAUCAAAAUUCAACAGACACCAAAUUGUAUUUGGAGGAAAGUGUCCUAGAACGUAAAUUACCUGAAGCUGAUCUCAAAGCCUUAGUGGAUCUUCCAGCUGGUUUGGACUACAAUGAAUGGCUAGCGUCACACACCCUCGCUCUAUUUGAGCACGUGAAUUUGGUUUAUGGAACUAUUAGUGAAUUUUGUACACAAUCCGGAUGCGCCGACAUGACCGGACCCGGCAACAGAACGUACUUAUGGUUCGACGAGAAGGGCAAGAAGACGCGCGUCGCAGCUCCACAGUACAUCGACUAUGUGAUGACGUUCACCCAAAAGACGGUCAGCGAUGAGUCGAUAUUCCCAACCAAAUACGCCAACGAGUUCCCUGGCUCGUUUGAGUCGAUUGCGCGGAAGAUACUACGCUUGCAAUUUCAUGUGAUAGCGCAUCUGUAUGCGGCGCAUUUCCGAGAAAUCGCGCUGCUCGGCUUGCACACCCAUCUAAAUCUGACGUUCGCGCACCUCACCGCCCUGCAUCGGCGCUUCAACCUGAUCGACGAGAAAGAGACGGAUGUGCUGCGUGAUCUUGAAGUGGCGCUGCGUCUAACCGACGAUACUGGUGGCUGUCAGGAUGCCACCUCAACGUCAUCGUCGGUCCAUGAUCACUCCUCCACUGACCUGCAACACCAGUCGCUACAGCAGCAACAGCAACAGCAGCAGCAGCAGCAACACCACAACAGCAGCAGCAACAGUACCUCCUCGGCGGAGGCGUUGCACGUCAAUUCACAAAGCAACAAUGGCAGCACAUCCGCCUCGGCAUCGGUAUCCCUAAUCGAUGGCGAUUCGGUGGCGCCGCCAAUUUGCACGCAACCAGAGGCGGGAGCGGGCUGCAAGCCAGCGGGCAGCAGCGGAUUGCUGGGCGGUAUACUGGGUGACCUGACCAGCGGCGAAUUUGGUGAUACAACGCGCUACUGCACCUCGGCGGUUCCUCAGUCGGCAGCGGGUGGCGGUGGGGCAGCGAUCGGUGCCGCGGAUGCUGCUGCCGCAUUGAACAACGGCGCGGGCGCACUACAUUUAAACUUUAGCAACAAUAAUAACAAUAAUCAUAAUCUGAAUCACCAUCACCACCAUCAUCACCACCAUGGCCAUCAUGGCCACCAUCAUGCGGCGCAACAGCAAUUGCAGCAGCAGCACAGUGGGCUCAUACAGUGUAAUGCGGCUGGCGGUGGUGGUGGCAAUGCAACAGGAGUAGCCACCGGGGGAGCCACUGCAGCAGCGUCCUCAACCACAACGGCAUAGUGGAGCAGUAGCUAUGAAAAGAGCAGCAGCAGCAGCAGCAGCUGCCACAACAGCAACAACAAAAAACAUUAGAAAUACUAGAUUUACGCAAAAAUGUUAUUUAAUGUUACUUCUAUGAUCCUAAAGUUGAAAAUAUUGUAAAAAUAAUAAACAAAAAACAAAAAAAAAAAGAAAACAUUAAAAUGCAAAAACAGCUAAUUGCAAACAAACAAGCAGACAUUACAUAAAUUGACACACACACAAAUGCUACAAGAAAUUUAUUGAAAACGCUAAUCGAAGUUGGCAUCGUAGUUCCGUAACGUUGAUUUAGAUAUGUACUUAUUGUAUAGAAAGACAGAGAGAGAGAGAGAGGGAGCUGCAAGCAUAGAGUUUAGAGUUGUCGCGUGCUUAUGCUUUACACGUAUUUUAACCUUCCUCUCUUCUACAACAAAAAUGAAAUGUCCUGACUGAAAGCCUGAGUGCAAAUGCAAAGUCAAUGCCUUCAAGGCACCAACAAUAAUAAAGAGUUCUGAACUACUCCCAAAACAAAAAUUGGCAAAAACGUCAGUUUUAGAAUAUAAAUACAGCAUAAAAAGAUUUUUGUUUCUUUCAAAAUAUUUACAGAGUUGGUGUUGUAACUUAUUUUUUUUUUUUUUUUAUCUCAAAAUAUUACAUUUACCAAAGAAACCUAACUUAUAUUUAUAUAUAGAUGUUUCGAAAUGUAGCACUUUUUUAGCGUUUAGGUAAAGUUCUAAGCCUAAUCACCACAGUUCGAUUAUGUUUGUUAUACUAAAGAAAUGAUUUUUAUAAUCAUUAUUUUUGCAAUUCUUUAAAGGUGCAAGUGAAUUUUGUGCAAUGUCUUGGCACUAACCUAAGCAGAGUAACAUUUUAAAAUAGAGCGUAUACUGGUUCAAUUGUUCAGGAACAUAUAGACAAACAAAAUAUUCUACUAGGCGGUGAAACACGCAAGUUUUAAAAAAUAUUAAACUCACCCGUAUUUUACAUGCAGCAGUCAGCCUGAAAACAUGCACCGAAAAGUAACCAACACGAAAUGCAAUCAGGCGCCUAACGGUAUGCACUGAAUAUUUCACAACUUAUGUACCACACACUUCACCUACACAACCAACACACACACACACACACAUUGCACCAAAUAAUCUCCGAAAAGUAUGCAAAGGAAAUAUACAAUCCACACACACGUUGUUAAAGUAUGGCAAUUUUAAAGCAAAGUUUGUAAUGCGAAAGAGGAAUCAUUUAAUAAUAAAUAUAUAGGGAAAUGCAAGAUUUAUGCUUCGGAUUUCUAACCAAAAACCAGAUGGGACUUGUAUGUUGUACUGUAUUUGUGUUGUCUUUAUAAAUCCAUAGCGAAAACAAAUGGCAAUGAAAUGAACUUACUUUAGAAUCAGAAUCGUUCGACUUAGAAUAUUAGAAGCAAAUUUUUGUGUAUUACAAAUGGUUCACCUGUCUGUUCCAAUGUAGAUAAUUGCAACAUGAUCCACUCCAGUUUCACUGAACUACUGUCCAGGACUAAGCUACAAAACACACACACACACUAUAUACCCUUAAUGAAACACACACUCACAAACUUUCGAUCUGUUGAACUUUGAAUGCGAUGCAAUGAACUCAAACAACAAAAAAAAAAGAAAAGAAAACUAUAGACACACGGCAAAUGAUACAUGUAUUUAUAUGUAGGUAUGUGAGUUAUUAAUAGAAUACAGGUGGAAAUGAAAUGCAAAGACAAACCUUUUAAGUCAGCAAAAACAAACAAAUGCAAACAUGGCAAAAGCAUUGAGAGAAGGUAAUAAAAUAAACUGUUAUGUUCAAUUGA